CCAGUCAAUUCCAUACAAAAAAAAGACGAAAAAAAUCAAAGUGAACUACUCCAGAUGGAGCUGAGAGCGAAGUUGUAAUCACUCGAGAGGGAGAAGGACAGCAAAAAAGCUUGCUUCCGAGGGCUGCCGAGGAAUUCUUCGUUAAAGAGACAAGAAAAGAGAAACCCUAGCGAGGUCGGUUGUCUCCCCGAUUCCUCUACCUUCCAAGCCCUCGCAGUUCGAUCCAAUUUCACUUCGCUUUGGCAUUCGGAUUCCCGGAAAGUUAGGGCUUCAUUGCCACAGUCCCUCGCCGCCCGAUCCGCGACUCGAUUUCCCCCUCGAAGCGCCGAAUGCCGCCCUCUGGGUGGAGGUGAUAGAUAAAGGAGAGAUAUUUUUGGGAAAUUUGGCGGAUGGCGGAGAAAACCCCUAGCUGGACGGGUCGUGAGGGGAAGAGAUCAGAGGCCAUUGGGCUGUGGUAAUGACUAUGGCGGUAGAACUGCUGGCCACCUCAUUCUGGAUGGAAGAUUGCAUGUCAUGGGUUUUUUGGUUGUAUGGGGGUCGGUUUGGUGCAUGAGGAAGAGGGAGGGGUGGAGCUCCAGUGAGAGGGGACCUUGCGGUUGGAAAAAAUGCCUCCUUCACCUGCAUUGAGGUGCUCUCCUGGUAGGGACCAUGGAAUGGAGAAUACUCACAGGAGGGGCCAGAGUUGUGACAAUAGGUUGAUGCUAAAAGCCAAAGACGAUGAUCUUGCACUUUUCAAUGAGAUGCAGAGUCGUGAGAGAGAAAACUUCUUGCUCCAUAUUUCAGAUGAUUUUGAUGACUCUAUCUCAAAAUUGAGGUACUGCUCAGAUUUCAAGCUCAACAUCAACAUUCCAGCACGAGGAGAGAGCAGUGAUCUACUGAAUUCAGACGGCGAGAAAAAUGACUAUGAUUGGCUGUUAACUCCUCCUGAUACUCCUCUUUUUCCUUCAUUGGAUAAUGAUGAGCCUCAGGCAGUUAACCUGGCCCCUAGGGGCAGGCCACGAAGUCAACCCAUUUCAAUAUCAAGAUCGCCCAGGGGUGAGAAGGCGCACAGGACAAGUAGAAGCAGUGCUAGUCCGCAACGACUAAGCCCAUCCCCUCGAUCUGGUUAUAGUGCAGUUCAGUCAAGAGUAAGGCCAUCCUCAGCUCCUUGCUCUACCUCACAUCCUGUUUUACGACCAACAACACCUUCACGAAGACCAUCAACUCCUCCAACCAAGCCAUCAACACCAACUCCAAGGUCUUCAACUCCCACACUACGGAGGAUGAGCACUGGUUCAAGUGGGCAAUCAUUCUACUCUGGAACAAGGAAAACUUCCCCGAUAAAGGCACCUCGUGGUAAUUCUGCCUCACCAAAAUUGCGAGGUUGGCGAUCGAACCUCUCAGGUUUCUCCUCAGACACUCCACCUAACCUCCGAACUUCUAUCUCGGAUCGAUCAACAUCACAUGUGAGAGGUUUGUCUCCAGCAUCUGAAAAUGGAAUGGAUCUGUCAUCAAAAUUUCGUAGGCAGUCGAUAUCACCAUCUGCAUCGAGAAGUACCAGCUUAUCACAAAGUCAUGAGCGAGAUUGCUUAAGCUCUUAUAGUAAGGCUUCUUUUGGCAAAGAUGAUGUGAACUCAGUGCGCUCGGUAACUGGAGGAAUAUAUGGCAACUCCAUAGCAAGAAAAAAUGGAGCAUUGGUGAAUAACAGAGCUAUGUCAUUUUCUAAGAAACCAUCCAGAAUAUCAUCAGCAAGUUCUGCCCCAAAAAAAUCUUUAGAUCCUGCAUUUCGACAGAUGGAUCAUCAGAAAACUCCACAAAAUAUGUUCAGGCCACUUUUAUCAAGUGUCCCCACAACCACGUUUUAUUUGGGGAAAGCAAACAGUAUGCACCGGCCAUUGUUCUCUAGAAAUUCUUCACUCACAACAAGCAGCAAUGCAAGCUUCGAGCAUGUUGCUCCUGAUAUGGAGGAUAGUGACCAUGAGCAGGGUUAUCUGGCUGGUGAUUGGAAAAGGUCACAAGAUCACGAUACUCAAGAGGAAGUAUUUAUGUUUGAUAAAGUCGACGAGAUAAAUGAAGAUGCAUGUCAUAAUAUUGAUGCCUGUAAGCUUCAAAUCAGUAAUGAAAAUUUUGAUGAACGUAUGGCCAAUGAGAAUUUUGAUGAAGCUACGACUAACAAGAUUGAUCCACAUGAGUUAGAGAAUUCCAUGAGUAAUGCUGGUGUUGCAGCAAGUUUUGCAGCUGCUUCUCAAACUUCAAAUGUUGCCAACGAACAUUCUGAGGUUGAUUUUCAUGGAAUGACGGCAAUUUGCUCUAAAUGUGGUAAAUGCUUCCAUGUCAUGGAAGUGGAUGGUGACAUGGAUGUUUGUGAAGAAUGUGCUGCAAUAGAUAGGCUUUUAGCUUCUGCAGAACCUGGAACUAAUGCUCUUGUAACUCAGGAUAAAAUGGUUGAGCCUGACAUUUCAACUGGAAAGGGUAGCUCAACUGGUAAAGAUAGAUUGUGUGGUGAAGUGCAGCUUCAAACAGGAGUGCCUGAAAUGCCUGAAAGGAGCGGCAACAAAGUUAUGGUUAGUCAACAUGGAAGGAACAGCGAGCCAGAGCCUGAUUUCUUGCCAGAUAGUUCUCCAUUUCAGUUGGCAAAGGUUCAGAAGGAGCUCGACCUUUCUCAACGGCAAAUGAACAGCCAUAGUGAAGUGAGUAUUCCUGAACCUGAUAAUGGAAAUACAUCUCAACAGUCACAACCCACUAGCCAUCCGAGUCUCAGGGUUGACAAUCCUGAAGGAACAGGUAUUUCGGUACUUCUACUGCAAAGGUCAAGUAGCAGCAAAUGGCCUGUUGUGCAGGGCAGAGCAUUUUCUGCUACAAAUAUACUUUGCUCGGAGCCUUCAUAUGUGAGAGAUAAUAUGAUUGCCAUGAAGCGCAGCAUUGGAAGGGAUAGUGCCUCGGCUUCAUCUUCUGCCGAUCUGGGAUCAUCUAGGCACCUGGAGGUCCGUGUUCAGCGCCAGUUAAGCAGCAGAAGGGGUGAGAUGGAUAAUGUAAGAAGUGAUUGUAACUCGAGUACUCGAAGUAUUGGUUCGCAUUCAGAUAUUUCAGUUAAUGCCUCUGACGCUUUAGUUCUCCCCAAAAGUGAAACUGGAACUGGCUUUGAUAGCUUUGUUGGGGAUAUGGAAAAUGAGGCCCAGCAACAGAUACUUUUUACCACUGAAGAACAUGACAACUCUUCUAAAGAUACAGAGCUAAGUGCCAUGGAGCAUUCACCUAUUGGACAAGCUGUUGUUGAUGGAGAUGCAUCUGCCUAUGCUGAUAGCUGCAUGGCAUUUAGUGCAUCUGAAUCACAACUUUUGAGUAAUGCAUGGAGUAUCAAUAUGCACGAGACUUCAUCAGUAGAUAACCUAAAUGAGGAGGCAUGCACCUGUUCCAACAAUGCGGAUGGAGUUCUCUGCCAAAACAAUGCAAGGAGUAUACAAGAUGCAGAAGUAGUAAUUACUACUGCAGAUUGCUCUAUUUGUGUGAAAGAUCACAUGCCAAAUGGUACUAGCUGUCGAGAUGACAUCUCUGAUGCAGCCACAGGAAGCUCUUCUGUUGUGGCCCUAGGACAGCAAAAUGAUCAUUAUAAUUCUCAAGACUCACAAACCGAGUGCACAGUGUCCCAAAUGUCAAGUAACACUGAGGAUAUUCAUGAAGGUCGUAUCUCCACAACAUCAGAUAAGGAUGUGUUGAUUUCUGCAUCUGAAUCUAACAUUUCUGAACAUCCUUGUUGUAUCCAUGAAGAACCAGAUGUAAUGAUUAAAGGUCCAAAUAGACAAAUGCCAAGAAGCUUAACACUGGAAGAAGCAACUGACACCAUACUCUUCUGCAGUUCUAUCAUUCAUGAUCUGGCCUACAAGGCUGCAGCAAUUGGGAUGGAAAAGGAGUUGGUUCUACAUGAAGUUCCCCACCCGACAGUUACAAUAUUAGGAAAAUCUGUUUCUGAUCGUAAAGACUCGCGCAAGAUGUCCAAUAAACGCAGUCCAAAUUCACGAAAAGUCAAAAGGAAAAAGCUGGAGACUGAGUUCAAAUUACCUUCUGGAGAAGUGGGAAAUAAUUUGAAAAACUCAGAGUCUACACCUGCCAAUCCUAUGAUCUCAAACACGAUUGACAGUGUAAAGCCCCCGAAGCUGGAAUCAAAGUGCAACUGCACAGUGAUGUAGGCAGGUCUAAUUCAUUCAGUGCAUAUACUUCGGCAAGAACUCCAUUGUUUGCAGGAUUCUCUUUCCUCUAGUCCAAUACUCAGAGAUUUCUGUAUUCUUUUUGAAGAAUGAAAUUUCUAUAUUUUCAGAGGAACAUCAUCAUAUAUGCUCCGAUUCCAAUUUGUUUGUAGAGCAUGCCAUGAGUUGGUACGUAAUCUUGUAAAAUUAUUGUCCUUUUGGGUCGGUUCACAAGAGGAAUCAGAGGUUUGAGACUGUCUCUCACUGUUUUCUUGUUAGUCUCCGUUUGUGUUGAUGGUCUGUUUUGUUUUGCUUCUCCGGAAAGGUUGCAGUGCGAGCUAUUCUUUUGUAAAUUCUUAAGUGUUUGCUUUUUGGUAAAUAAUGUAAUGUUUGCAUAUCUUGACUUUGAGUGGUCUUAUGCCGUUCCCUUUUCAUCUCAAGAAUUUCUUUGAAAGGGUAUUGGCCAAAUGUAAUAUUUCAGAUAUAUGCGGUCUGUAAUUUUCUAGUUUUCCUAUUGAUGCAAUAUUUCUGUCUCAUGCUUUCAUGCAA